AAGAGUCCGAUCUUUGAACCUGUUGAUAAUGAUAGUGGGUUUUCUGAGAGCUUUGUCAUUUUGCAUUUAUACUUUUUUUCCCCCUUUAUGCCUGAUGCACCAAACUUGGCUCCUCCUUUUAGUACACAUCAUAGAAAAAUACAAUUAAAAUAGAAAUUCAUACUGUGUUUUCUUUCUGAAGCUCUCGCUGGCCCCUACAGCAGUGCUGCAAAAUUUCAGCGUUCAGAAAAGAAUCGAGGAAAUACUGUAAAGAGAUGGAGUUUGACAGCAACCACUGUAUUAAGAUGAAUGAUGGGAACAAAAUUCCUGCACUGGGAUUUGGUACCUAUUCCCCUGAUGCAGUUCAAAAAAGUAAAUGUGAGGAGGCUACAAAGGUGGCUAUUGAAGUUGGCUUCCGCCAUAUUGAUGGAGCCUUUGUAUAUGGGACUGAGGAGGAGGUUGGGCGAGCCAUUCACGAGAAGAUUGCAGAUGGAACAGUCAAAAGAGAGGACAUAUUUUACACAGGAAAGAAAGAAGAGAAAAAAGAGAACUUCUUCAGAAAGAACAGUUGUUUUUGAAUCAUUACAGCUUGGGAGUACCUUUCACCGUCCUGAACUUGUCCGAAACUGUCUGGAACAAUCGCUGAAGAAACUUAAGUUUGACUAUCUUGAUCUCUUCAUUAUCCAUAUCCCUGUGUCUCUAAAGCCUGGGCCAGAUUUAUCACCAAUGGAUGAAAAUGGAAAACUCAUUUUCGAUAUUGUAGAUCUGCGUCAAACUUGGGAGGCCAUGGAGGCAUGUAAAGAUGCAGGCUUGGUGAAGUCCAUUGGAGUGUCCAACUUCAACCGCAGACAGCUGGAGAUGAUCUUGAACAAACCUGGACUCAAGUACAAACCUGUCUGCAACCAGGUUGAAUGUCAUCCUUACCUCAACCAAAGGAAAUUGCUGGAGUUCUGCAAAUCCAAAAAUAUUGUCCUGGUGGCUUUUAGUGCCUUGGGAUCUCACAGAGAUGAGCUAUGGGUGGAUCAAAGCACUCCACUUCUGCUGGAGGAUCCAAUACUGAACGCUCUGGCCAAAAAAUACAGCCGAAGCCCAGCUCUAGUAGCCCUGCGCUACCAGCUGCAGCGUGGUGUGGUGGUCCUUGCCAAGAGCUUCACCAGAGAGCAUAUUGAAGACAACUUCAAGGUGUUUGACUUCCAGUUGACAGAAGAGGACAUGAAAGCUAUUGAUAGCCUGAACCAAAACCUUCGCUAUGACCCGUGUCAAGAAUAUUUGGACCAUCCUGAGUAUCCAUUUGCUGAUGACUAUUAAAGAGGAUUCAUUUGCAAUUCCUGUGUUGUUAGCAAAUAGUAAUAAUGCUCUAUACCUAGGGCCAAUUCUAGAGGAAAAAUACCAUUUAUAACACCGUUUCCAUCAACUUCUCUACUGUGUAAUUUAACCUAAACAGUAAGCAGCUAAAUCUCAUCCUUACAAUGACUUGUCUUCUUGCUUUUGAUAAUGCUGAGGGGGGAAAGGGGUAUUUUGUAUAUAAUCAGUUCCUGCCCCUGAUCUUUCAUAAAUAUUUUGUCUUCAUUCUGAGCUGCUAGAACUUAAUCCCUGGGAAUGCACUGUGCCUCUUGAAAAUCUCAGCCAAGCUAGUGUGUAAAAAUUUAGUGACUAACCAAACAUUAGAUGGUGGUAUAGCCUUGUUCAUUCCAGGAUUUUAGGUAGACAAGGUGGGUGAGGUAUUAUCUUUUAUUGGAUCGGUUUCUGUAAGUCAAGGAGGCAAGCUUUUGAGUUACACACAGCCUACACGACCUGAAGGAGAGCUCUGUGUAAGCUCCAAAGCUUGUCUCUUUCACCAACAGAAGUUGGUCCUAUAAAAGAUAUUACCUCACCCCCCCUUGUCUCUCAGACAUCAGGUACUCAUUUAUGGCUCAAUCCUGGAGCACUCCCAUGGGAGUGGAGGAUGCUCAGGUUUGGUGUCAGCUAGCAUCUCAGUACUACCACUGAGCUCAUCAGGCACAAAUUUUCACUUAACACAAUCCUGCCCUCACAACAAAUAUGUCACAGUAUCUGUCAAACUAAAUGAAGAGGAAAUAGAAGCUCUGAGCUCCAUUUAGAGACUUAUUUAGCAUAUUUCAUUUGACUCCAUCAUAAUAAUAAAAAUUCUUAAUACAC